AUGGAAAAUAGAUGGUGGGAUGAAAUUCUUCAAAGAAAAGAAGAAGUAGAAGAAUUAUUAAAACAAACCAAACAAGAAGGAAUAAGUAUUGAACAAUUAGAACAACAGAAUGUGAAUAAUCAUGAGAAUGAUUUAAUUGAUAAUACAGAAGAAAUUCUCAAUAAAAUAAAAUGGAAAAUACAACUUACAGAAGAAAAAAUAUCUAAAAGAAAUGUAAUUCUCCAACAUUUAAAAGAAGGAGUAAAUAAAAUAAAGCGAAUAAAUCAGAAGCAAGAAGACGAAGAAAUAAUAAUGAAAGAAAUAACAAAUGAUAUUGUCAGAAAAUUAAUUUUUAUAGAAGAAAAUAAAUAUAAAGAAGAGAUUAAAGAAAUUGAAUCAAAGUGCCAAGAAAUGAUAAAUAAAAGAAAAGAAGAAUUUCAGUUAAGAAGAACUGAACUUAACAAUAUGAAGUUUAUAAUUCCUAAAAAAAUUGGUAUUAUUCCAUUUAAACUUAAAAUGGAUAAAGAACUUAGAAUUAUUGGAGAACAUUAUAUUUAUUUACAAAAUUGGUGUAAUUUGAAUGAAUGCCAGAUUGUAUUUGAUUCUUCUCAUAAUUCACAUGAGCAAUUUAAUUAUAAGAUUAUGAAUAAACCCAAUUUGUACUUUAUUAAUUUUGAUGAAUUUGGUUAUGUAUUUGGAGCAUUUGUGUCUGUUCCUAUUCAUGAAACUAACAAAUUUAUUUCUGACCCUAACCAUUUUAUUUUCUCAUUAAAGAAGUCAACAUUUAAACCAAUGAAAUGGAAUCCAAUUGGAGACAACAGCUCUAAUGCUCUCUUUGUUUAUAAAAAUGAAAGUUAUUUAUAUCAAGUUGGUCAUAUAGGUUGUUUUAUAAUUCAUCAAACUGGUGUGGCAGACUCAUAUUGUAAGAAUCUUCAAAUUGCUUAUUUAGGUGCACCAUCAAGUUUGAGUAACACAGACAGUUUUGAAGAUUUCUCAGUCACUAGAGUUGUAGUUAUUCAAAUGAUGUAA